AUGCAAGAUGAAGAAAGAUACAUGACAUUGAAUGUGCAGUUGAAAAAAAGGAGUUCUGGCCAAACAUCCCAACUUAAAUUUAAAGAUUUUUCUGUGAGGUUACACUGGUACAAAAUCUUAUUGGGAAUAUCUGGAACAGUAAAUGGUAUUCUGGUUUUGACUUUUAUCUCCCUGAUUCUUUUGGUUUCUCAAGGAGUGUUGCUAAAAUGUCCGAAAGGAAAUAAUUCAAAUAUCACCCAGCAUGAUGAUAUUGGAAACCUGAGAAUGAAGAGUGACACAAGAGGAACUAUAAGUACUAAAGACGCAGACCACAAUGCUUCAAGUGCUACAGACCAUAGAGGAUUGUGCCCAUCAGAAUGGCUCAAAUAUCAAGAAAAGUGUUAUUGGUUCUCUAAUGAAUUAAAAAGUUGGAGUGACAGUUAUGGGUAUUGUCUGGGAAGAAAUGCUCAUCUAGUAAUAAUUCAGGACCAAUUUGAAAUGGCUUUUCUACAGAAAAACUUAAAACAAUCAAAUUAUGUGUGGAUUGGACUUAACUUUACCUCCCAGGAGAGAACAUGGAACUGGGUGGAUGGUUCUCCAUUAGCUUCAAAGAUAUUCUUCAUAAAAGGACUAGCUACCGAAAACAGCUGUGCUGCCAUCAAGGGAAACAAAAUUUACUCUGAAGCCUGCAGCAGUGUUUUCAAAUGGAUUUGUCAAUGUUAA